AUGAGCGGAAGUAAGGACAGAAAAGCCGGCCUCGUCGGCGACAACAACGGCGGACGCCGCCGCGUGCCGGUCGUCACAGACGAGCGUGCCCAGCUGGUUGCGGACAAGUUCUUGUCAAUCAACACAAGCCGAGGCGCGACCGUGAUAGCACAGACGGCAGCUGACAAGAUGAGCCUCGGGCCUCGGGUUUGGGGCCGACCGGUCCGGCCACAGUUUGACACCGAAAAGUUCAAACGAACAAAAUUUUCUACCCCAGUUAUUGAAUCGGCAUGCUUUAAGGCGGCAAGCUGA